UGAAGGUUCAGCUUUUGUGGAUUUUACACACUGAUUUGUUUCCACCAAGUUUUGUUUUGCCUGUGUGUUUGUGUGUGUGUGUGUGUGUGUGUGUGUGUGUGUGUGUGAGGAUCACUCCACUCCACUCCACACAAACUGCACUGGGUCUGGUGUCACCUGAGACUCACCUGUGGAAGUGUCUGAAGAUGCUCAGGGACAUAAAGAUCGAGGACCGUGUGCAGACUGAUGUCAGCUCUGUGGACCGUAUGAUCGGUGCGGACUCUCCUCCUCCUCGCGCCGUCUGUGAGGGCUGCACGCGGAUCAUCUCGGACCGAUUCUUGCUGCGGGUCAACGAGUCGUCCUGGCACGAGGAGUGUCUGCAGUGUGCCGCGUGCCAGCGGCCGCUCACCGCCACCUGCUACACGCGAGACACCAAACUCUACUGCAAGACAGACUACCAGCAGUUGUUUGCGUCUAAGUGCAGCAGCUGUGCGGGGAAGAUAGCGCCCACUGAGUUGGUAAUGCGAGUUCAGGAGAGUGUUUAUCACCUGCUCUGCUUCUGCUGCUGCAUCUGUGAGCGACAGCUCUGCAAAGGAGACCAGUUUGUCCUGAAAGCCGGUCAGUUGCUCUGCAAGGGCGACUAUGAGAGGGAGCGGGAGCUGCUCAGCUCAGACAACUUGAACUCAGAUAACAGUGAUGAUGAGGACAUGAACGUGGCAUCAGAGAAGUGUCCCGCAGCAGGGAAAGGUAGCAGCGAGAGCAAAGACCCGUGUCGUUCCAAACGGCCACGCACCAUCCUCUCCACGCAGCAGAGGAGAGCCUUCAAAGCCUCCUUUGAGGUUUCCUCCAAACCCUGCAGAAAGGUGAGAGAGACUCUGGCUGCAGAGACAGGACUCAGUGUUCGUGUGGUCCAGGUCUGGUUCCAGAAUCAGAGAGCAAAGAUGAAGAAGUUAGCCCGCAGACAGCAGCAACAGCAGGAGCAACACAGCAGCCAAAGGCUAGGCCAAGAGGAAACAUCAGGCUGUAUGAAAGGCCUGCUCCACUCCUACUCAGGACCUCUGCCUCCAAACCAGCAGCAGCACCUGGUAACCAUGGAGACCAGGGAGCACAACAGUUACAACACUGAUGCGUUCCAGCAGGGCCUCACCCCGCCACAAAUGCCUGGUGACCACAUGAACCCCUAUGGUACUGAUUCCUUUAUCCACGACAUUGACAGCGAAGCGUCUCUGACCAGUCUAAGCGACUGUUUCCUGACCACUACAGAUGUAGGAUCCUUCCAGGCUCGCACAGGAAACCCCAUCGAUCGCCUGCACUCAAUGCAGAGCUCUUACUUUGCCUCCUGAGACGCUGGCAGUGUCGUCUGUCUCGCCUCGGCCACUCCACCAGCGUCCAGGACACAGCAGUGCACUCACACCAUACACCGGGUAUGUGUCCAGUGUGUGGUGUGUGUCCUGACAUGAAUCAGUAAAGAGGGACCACAGAGUACACUGGAGUCAAAUGGCCCCAAUGUUGUUAUGACGUGACUGUACUGGAGAGACAGCGUUCAUCUCAGAGUGUCUGUGAUCAAAAGUGCUUUAGGAAGUAAGACUAAAGUGCAAGUCGCAGAUUUGUUACCUCAAAGUGUGGUCCGCGGACCACUGGUGGUCCGUGAGGUGACAAGCACGUAACAUCAUGUUUUAAAAUUUAAAAUGUCAGUGUUAAAUCCCAAAAAUAUUCAUUUUGUGGCAUUGUCUGACUUGAGCAGUGCAGUGAACCGGUUUGUGACACCACUGAUUUUGAGUUAGCUGGUCCGUGAGUGUGUUUUUAUAGUUGUUCUUGGUUUGAGAAACACUGCUCUAAAUCAAUCAGUCAUCAGUCAAGACAUUUGUAGAUGAUCAUUUCGUUUAAAGACAUUUUUCAUCUUCUAUUUUUUUUUUCUAAAGUGAUUGGUCAGGAUUUUUAAGUUUGGUUGUAUGACGUACUGACAUUCAGCAGCAAGGACAUGUUGCUUUGAGCAGCGCUUAUUCGACCGCCAUGUUUUUAAUGUAAGAACAAGGGCACGCGUCUGUUAGUCAGUGACGGCAGCAUAAUUAUCAACAACACUUAACUAUCCCUUUAAACAACCUCAAGCUUUUCUUAUUUGUAAGCCAACUGAUUCAUACGGUGGCUGAGAAGUGCAAAUCACAA